GCAGCCGCCUCUCAGGGCCCUUCGGUGUUCAUGCGGCGGCCGCCGAGCGCUGGGGAGCCGGGUAGGCUGCGGUGAGCCAGCCUCCAGCAGCCCCCUGCCGGCACACCUCCUGAAGGCGAACCUUUGCUUGACGAAAUGAAACACGAUCUGGUGUGUCAGACACCUCCCACUGUCACUGUUCAUGUAAAAUCGAGUGCAUCCAGAUCACAUCAGCAAAAAAAACUUACUAGACUAAAGCGACCUGCUUUUAAAGACCAUCAAGAAAAUUGUGAAAAAGGGGUUCCUAGUCAGAAAUACAAAUGUCCAAAGGGACCAUGUCUAGUUAUUCAGCGUCAGGAAAUGACAGCUUUCUUUAAAUUAUUUGAUGAUGAUCUAAUCCAAGACUUCCUUUGGAUGGACUGUUGCUGUGAAAUUGCAGACAAGUAUCUCUUGGCAAUGACUUUCGUUUAUUUCAAGAGAGCUAACUUCACACCAAGUGAGCAUACCAGAACCAAUUUCUUUGUGGCUCUGUAUCUGGCAAACACAGUUGAAGAAGACAAUGAAGAAGCAAAGUAUGAAAUUUUCCCAUGGGCUUUGGGCAAAGCCUGGAGAAAGCUCUUCCCUGAUUUCUUAAAGUUAAGAGAUCAACUUUGGAGUAGAAUUGACUACAGGGCUAUUGUAAGCAGACGCUGCUGUGAAGAGGUGAUGGCUAUUGCUCCAACACAUUACAUCUGGCAGCGAGAGCGCUCCGUGCAGCACAGCGGAGCUCUGAGGAGCUACGAUGACCAAGUGCAGCUGCCCCGAGGACCCAGUGCUACUCCCACAGACUGCCUGCUCUGCGGGAAGAAAGGCAGGUUUGUACGACUCGGAUUAUCGUCUUCCUCCUCAUCUACCGACACUUUGGAGAUGAUGGACUUACACUCAUCCCAGAAAUCAAAGGACACCUUUUCAACUGAAAAAAUGCUCAUCGACUCUCCUUCUUAUAAAGCCCAAGAAGACUGUCAGAGGCUGUCCAGCAAAAGGCAACUGUGUAGCACCCUGGAUCAAGAUAAGUCCAUGGACUGGUUUACAAGCAACGGAGAAUGA